GCCGCCGCGCCCGCCCUCUGGCUGCGCUGCGUCCUCGCCGACUUCACGGUGGACAACGAGGUGCACUCGAGCUUCAUCCACCGGCGGCUGCGCGGCGCCGAGCGCCGCGAGAUGCAGCGGGAGAUCCUCUCCAUCCUCGGGCUGCCGCACCGCCCGCGCCCGCACCUCCACGGCAAGCACAACUCGGCGCCCAUGUUCAUGCUGGACCUCUACAACGCCAUGUCGGUGGAGGAGGGGGCGGCGGGGGCGGCCGCCGAGGAGGGCGAGGGCUUCUCCUACCCCUACAAGCCCCUCUUCAGCACGCAAGGGCCGCCGCUCGCCAGCCUGCAGGACAGCAACUUCCUCACCGAUGCCGACAUGGUCAUGAGCUUCGUCAACCUGGUGGAGCACGACCGCGAGUUUCACCAUCAGCGCUGCCACUACCGCGAGUUCAGGUUUGAUCUCUCCAGAAUCCCAGAGGGGGAAGCGGUGACUGCGGCCGAGUUCAGGAUAUAUAAGGACUACAUCCGCGAGCGCUUUGAUAACGAGACCUUCCAGAUCAGCGUCUACCAGGUACUCCAGGAGCACCCAGGAAGGGAUUCAGAUUUGUUCCUGCUUGACUCUCGAACUAUCUGGGCUGCAGAAGAAGGGUGGCUCGUGUUUGAUAUUACUGCAACCAGUAAUCACUGGGUGGUGAAUCCACAGCACAACCUCGGUCUUCAGCUCUCUGUGGAAAGCAUAGAUGGACAAAGCAUCAACCCCAAGCUGGCUGGGCUUAUCGGGAGGCACGGCCCGCAGAACAAGCAGCCCUUCACGGUGGCCUUCUUCAAGGCCACGGAGGUCCAUCUCCGCAGCAUCCGCUCCACGGGCGGCAAGCAGCGCAGCCAGAACCGCUCGAAAACGCCCAAGAACCAGGACGCUUUCCGGGUCUCCAACAUGGCAGAGAACAGCAGCAGCGACCAGCGGCAGGCCUGCAAGAAGCACGAGCUCUACGUCAGCUUCAGGGACCUGGGGUGGCAGGACUGGAUCAUUGCUCCAGAGGGCUACGCUGCCUACUACUGUGAAGGAGAAUGUGCUUUCCCGUUGAACUCAUACAUGAAUGCUACGAAUCAUGCCAUUGUACAGACACUGGUUCACUUUAUAAACCCGGAGACUGUGCCGAAACCCUGCUGUGCUCCUACACAACUCAACGCCAUCUCAGUGCUCUAUUUUGAUGACAGCUCCAAUGUUAUCUUAAAAAAAUACAGGAACAUGGUGGUACGAGCAUGUGGCUGUCAUUAGAUUUGUAAGAAAAGAAAAAAAAUGUUAUUUGUAAAGAAUGUUUUUCUUUUUGUACGGAUACAUGGGGGUGGGGAAGAAGGUUAGGACUCCAGCAGCGGACUUUAAAAUCCCGAGGAAUUUUUAGGACUUGGCUUCUGAAGGUUCAGACAAUGGAACAGUUUCUGGAUCUAAGUGGCAUUUGAACACAUUUUGUUUUAGUUUAUUAUAGACAAUGAGCUUGUAAACUGAAACAAGCCAGAGAAACCAUUUAAAAAAACAAAUCUGCCUUAAAAAUUGGCUCCUACAACACAUACUUCUGCAAACGAGUCUUUCAGAAGAUUGCAAACUCACCAACGCGCAUUGUGAAUUAAACAUAAUAAUCUAUGCAAGGUGAGAAUGUGGUGUGACUAAUAAGCAUGUGCAGUUCCUGUAACACUGUUUGCAAUAAAAUAAGUGAACAAAAUAUACCUGGAGCGAACAGGUAUUUUGUUAGAGAAUUAUUACUUCCAUUCCUCUGUUUACUUCAGCCUCAUGAGCAGAAGCAAAGACAACUACAGCAACUUCCAGUGCUGGCAGUGGCAAAAGCUGUAUCUGGACUGAUGCAAGUUCAAAGGACAAAUAAGUCUAAAAUGACCUCUAACUCACAAGCAAAAGAACGGACAAAAAUAACUGCAAAGAAUAACAUUUUUCGGGUAAAGUUUUUGUCAACAGGAAAAAUAGUUACUCUAAACACCAGUAAGAGUUUGCUCUGAACUUAAGAAAGCAGCAAAAUAUUACAAAAGGGUGAUUAAGUCGAACAUGUAGCUGGGACAGCCUAAACGUUUCUGGAGUUGUGAAAGACGGCAGAAGAGUUCUGCUUGGAAAACAUCCAUUGACUUCAGUAACGGACAAAAAGAACUCCAAGACAUUUUGGAAAACACGGAGCCUCAGACCAUGAGGUCCCACAUGCUGCACCCAGCACUGCACA